GCACAGAAGAUUCUUGAACUUUGCCCUUUAGCGGGCUUGAAAGAACAAACGUGUAAUCAAACGCGUGAUUAGAUUUUAACUUCAUAGUCGCCAUAAUUGACAAGGCAAGGCAAAGUAGUGCUGUGGCAUAAAGCCAAUGGAAAUAUACUCGAGUUCAUGCGUGCGGUAUUCAGACAAUAUUUUACGAAACUACAAACUUUUCAUGGAACGUGCUAAUUUCAGAGUCGUCAUAAAUGAUGGGCAUUUUUUUUAAUACGCCGCGCAAAUGAAGCGCUUUGAAACGUUUUUUUCGUUUCUGCUUUAUAUUUCCAUAUCUCAACUCCUCCCCUCGUCUGGUUGGAGCUAGUCCGAAGACAACUCAUCGAAGCUGCUCGAAAUAUUACUUGGGGGGGCAAAAACAGACAAAGUGAACGAUGUCACAACUGGUCUUUUGUUUAUGGAUUCCGUUGGAAGGCUGACGAUUUCAUCCCACAAGCUUUGGAGCUGUUUCCACGAUUGAAAAAGAAGCCCCACCGCAGUAUUUUUCCUUAGCUUACUUCUGAAAAGGAAUACACACAAACAAAAAUGUCGUCUCCAAGUCCUGGCAAGAGGCGAAUGGACACCGACGUGGUGAAACUCAUUGAGAGCAAGCAUGAAGUCACCAUCCUGAGCGGACUCAAUGAGUUUGUGGUCAAGUUCCACGGACCGUCCGAAACUCCUUAUGAAGGAGGCGUGUGGAAAGUUAGAGUGGAUCUUCCAGACAAAUACCCCUUCAAGUCCCCAUCAAUAGGUUUCAUGAACAAAAUUUUUCAUCCCAACAUCGAUGAAGCGUCAGGAACAGUGUGUUUGGACGUCAUUAACCAGAUGUGGACGGCCCUCUACGACCUUACCAACAUCUUUGAGACCUUUCUACCCCAGCUGCUCUCCUACCCCAACCCCAUCGACCCUUUGAACGGGGAUGCUGCAGCAAUGUUCCUUCACCGCCCAGAGGAUUACAAACACAAGAUUAAAGAAUACAUCCAAAAGUAUGCCACGGAGGAGGCGCUAAAAGAGCAGGAGGUGGGCGGCGGCAACUCUUCCGAUGAGAGCUCCAUGUCGGACUUUUCUGAGGAUGAGGCUCAGGACAUGGAGUUGUAGUUCUUAUUUAAUCCAGACGUAUUUUUUACAGCGAGAUUUUUAUGACUACCUGUGGCACACCCUGUUCCGGGUUUUAGCGUUGGGAGUCCAAUCUGAGGAAGUUGGAACAAACAUGUGGAUACAUGUAUUUUUUUUCUAACGUUCUAUUUGGAACUUCAGGACCUUCAGGCACAGUUAAAUCCAACGGAGAAGCCGCAGUAUGAGUGUGAAUGUAAUCCUGACGAUCGGUGGGAAUCCGAGGAGAUGAUUCCCGCUCUCCCGACGUCUCGCUCCUCUCCGUUUUAGGGAAGUCGUCGUCAUUCUCUUGAGUGUAUUUUGUGUAUCGGUGUGGCAUGAUACAAUAAGUUGUGUAAGGUUUGUUUGGGAGAUGAGCGGACAACAGUCUGGCCAGGCAAUUUGCUCUUAUGAGAAUUUAAAUGAAUGUUGUGUAAAGAAAUUGGCUUUUUUUUUCUCUCUAUUUUUCAGUUCUUGACUAAUGUUUGUAAAUCAAAAAGAUUGCAUACUGAAUAUAAUUUUUCUACACAAAAAAUGUUUUGAAGUUUGCGGACUAGUAAAUUAUAUAAAGCUAUCCAGUACUGUAGAAAAUAUGACAUAAGGCCAAGUGGAACUUCUCAUUCGUAAAUGUCACGAGUCCUGGCACUGAAACCCUCAUCUUGGACCAGGAGACCACUUUCAAGGUUUUUUGCAAAUUUUAGCCACAGAAAUGCAAUCUACUAGCUUUAAAAAUAAGGAAAGCUCCAGAACCUUGGUCAUUUCUAAGAUACUUCACCCACAAAACAAAGUUUUUUGUCACAAAAGCAAUAGACGAGGUUAAUUACACAAGUUAACAUCGGACUUACUGGUUAACAACAUACCUAUUUCAGUCUUUAGAAAAGGAAUUGGUUGUUAUCAAGCUGGCUGGUUGGUUAGAAAAUAGUUACCAAUUAUCAAAUGAGCUAAUUGGUUAACAAGGCUAUUUCAUUCUUCAGAAAACAAACUGGUAAUUAUCAUUUUAGCUGGUUAGAAAAUCGAUAGUUAGCAAUUGUCAAAUGAGCUAUCUGCUUAGCAGGCUAGGUAGUUUAUAAGAUUGAUAGUUAAAUACCAAAGCUGACAUAUUUCCAUUAAAAGUUGCAGUAAUUUUGUCAACAAAAACAUGAAAAAAUACCAAGUAGUAUAAUGUAUUUCAGGAGUAGUAUAAAUAUAUUAAAUCUAGCAUGACUCCUGUUAAUGUAGGACAUUUCUAGGCUAAUGCUACCUUUUUAUAAAAUAUUGUCAAUAAUUUGCACAAUUAUUAGUACAAUUCUUGUGAGAGCAAGUUGCCCAUGGCCUUCUGUGGAUUCUUGUUUCAUUGUUGCCUAUUGCUCGUACCUACUAUACUAGUUGUUUGACUUGCGUAGGGAUAGCUUUUUCUUUUCUCACAGGUGGUGAAUUCUAAGGUCGGUUUUACCUAACACACUUGUACAUGUUUGAGCUCCAAUGAAGAUCGAAUAAGACAUGACUGUUUAAAUUACAUAUGCAAAUUGUUAAAUGUUACAUAGUCGAACUGAAGUGCUCUUUUUUUCCCCUCUUAUGCCGUUUAACAUUCCAAUAAUCCUUUUGGUUUCUUGUUUUUCUUAGUUUAUUGCAGCAGGACCAAAAGAAAUAAAAUUGAAAGAACCACACUCUGGAAAAAGUAAUUUAUGCUCAUGUUGAGCUAAAUGCUUUCACUUUUGGGUUUCGAGUGGUGAUUUUGUUUUUGAUUACUGUGAGGUGAACCGUAAGCAAUCGAAAUGUAUGCUAGUCUUUGGAGACUAAAGUAUUCUAAUCCUCACUUCAAUGCAUUAAUAGCCAAAAUACACCUCAGAACCGCACCAAAGUCUUGAUACACAACAAUUUAAAACUCCUCUGAAUUUAAGACGACAUAGUGAUUCUCUUGUCUUCCUCUGCUUGUGUGUGCACUCCUUGACAAUGAGACGCUCUAAAACAGCCAAGUGAGCCGAUGUCUGAGUGUGGCCAUAACAGGUUUAACAAAUAUGACCGUUUUCCAUGCAGAUCAGGACGGAAUAUCACUUAACUAUUCCUUAAAACAAAAGAUAAUCUCUGCGACAUUUGAUAAUCUAGCAAUUGCUGACUUUGUCAAGAAGGGGGAAUGGGGGACUCAAAUUUGGCCGGAUUAUCCGGGCAUGCAAAACCCAUCAAAACCACUUGUCUCAUUAGUUUUUUUUUUUUUUUUUUUCCAACACAAAUAUAUAUUUUAUACCUAUGGUUUGUAUUAUAUUUGUCUUUUCAGAUAAUUUGUUAAGAUACAAAUCUAGAUAUUCAAUUUUCUUUAAAAAAAAAAAAAAAAAGCGUUCAUAAAUGUGCUUCCCUGUAACUUAAAGAAAAUAAAACUUUCAAAAUGAUUUUUUUUUUUUUAAUUUGUGAACGUGCUUUUUUUGACUACACAGUGUAGUUUGAUAGUAUGAACAUAAGUUCAGGUACCACCAAGGUGAAAAUUCUGUUUUUUAUUGGAGUCUUUGAAAGUUUCUCUGCUAGCUAGGUGGUCACCUUGUUUCUUGGCUAACUUGGUAGUUAAAUGUCUUGUAUUUUUUCACACACUGUGGGAGAUUUAUUAAAUUGAUAAUUCGUGAACGGUAUAAAAUAAUAUGCUGAUUGAAGCAAUGGUUAGUUCCGGCUUGUGAACAAAUUCAAGUUAAAUCAGUUUAGAACGAAAAAGCGGGCGUCCAGUAUCGGUAGACUGCGGUCUCUUGUUUGUACACUAGAGGGCGACAGUUUUUUUUAUUUAUUUUUUGUUAACAGAACACUUAACUCGGUAUUACAGUCAAAAUAAUAAACAUAAAUUGAUGUUAAAUAAUGACCAAAAUGCCAAAAUAAUACUUCUUUGAUUCUGUGGUUCAAUUGUGACAAUUUUGUUUCUUUUUUGUAUUUUUGAUACAACUCUAGCUUGAUUCGUACACCAACUUAAUAAACUCCUUUUGCCAUGUUGUCAACCAUAUCCGCAUGCAUUUUUCUGUUCAAAUUGACGUACUGGAGGUUAGUUAAUGACCCAAAGUAUGUUAUGACAUUUUAAAAUUAAGCUUCUUGUUAAAUUGGUGGAGAGAAUGGUUUUCCACUUGUAUAAACAGUGACGUCAAAGUGGCAAUGAUGAUCUAAUGAAAUAUUCAGUUGUCUUUCUUUAGUGUCAGGUUUCGGGUUACCUUCAGUGUUGUAGGAGACUGAUGCAAUUUUUGCUCCUCUUAGUUUUUCUAUAAUAACAAUAUGUAUUGCACACUCAGUGUGUAGACAGUGUGCAUUAUUUUGGCAAAUACAAACAAUCUUUUAAAAGGGCUACAAUUUGUGUUCCGAUACAAGAAUCGGAACUGGUCCUGAUACUGAUAAAGGCAUCGUAAUUGGAAAGUAAUAAGACAAAGCACUAAUGAUGCGCAAUAUGUACUAGAGAUCUUGGUUUAAAAAAAAAAAAAUUAAUGCUGUGAAACUAGGAAGGAUAGUUGAUGAGCUUAACCUUGCAGAUAAAUCCUAGCUUUAUCUCUUUUUGUUGCUAUAAUUAGAUUAUAUUUUAAAAUUUUAUUUUUACUAUGACUUUUUUUUUUUUACUAACAUUUCUUGUUCUAUGAUUGUAAUUUCUGGUAUUUUUCAUGUACGUUCUGGAUUUUCUGUACAACAAUGUACCAUGCUAUGAGAAGUAUGCAUAGACUUCAUAAUGGUAUUGAUAGGUCACUUCAGGCACAUACUGCGCCUCCCCUUCAAGCAGGGGGUCGCCCACAUCAAGAGGAGCUAUUCACAAACACGCACGCAGUAUAUGUAACGCUGGAUUAAGUUGAAAAAGUAAGAAAGCUGUACUGCGUACCAACGGGAAGGAUUGUCUCAGGAGUGAUUUGUUUGAGGAUUCAAGUUAAUUAUUAAUUUUUGAAACGAGAAAAUAACUGCUACGGCUUAGCAUCGCCCUUAGAUAUUUUCGUAAAAUAAAUGCUACCUCCACGUGUUUUUUUUUUUUUUUUGCUUUUAAGCAAUAAUCGAGACUUUUACGUCCAUAUCUAUAAAGAAUUCAGGGAUUUAAGCAUUUAUUCACAAGAAUUUAAAGGUAAAAAGCUCUUUGUUGUGGUAAGGCGGCGCUACGGAAGACGAGCAGCACAUUUGAUAUUAAAAUAAAUUCUACCUGCCCGUUGUUUUUGCUUUUAACCAAUGAUCGACACUGUUUUACCUUCGAUUUUUUACGUUAAUAAAGACAUUUUACGUUUAUAAAAACAUUUUGCAUUUAUAAAGAUUUCAGGGAUUUAAGCAUUUAUUCACGAGAAUUUUCAACGUAAAAAGCUCUUUGUGUUUCUCAUCGGUCAGCUUUGACGGAGGUAGGACGCCUAUUAAUCUGCCCCGUGUCCUGUCAAUACGAUUAUGAAGUCUAUGGUGUAUGUUUGAUAAUAUUUCAAAAUUCAUAAUAAUUAAAAAAAAAAAAAAAUUUGCGUUGCUCGCCCUUUUAAAAGAUGGCCAUCAGAUACAAACGCCGCUGAAAAAGUCGAUUUUUUAAAAAUUUUGGUAAGUUCCAUAUUUUCGAUGCGUGGGUUUAUACUUUAAAUUGUGAAUGAUUGAUAAAUGUGCAUGUUACACAGCAACACCUGCCAGGAUUUGAAUGUUUAUGAGCACUUGAUCUUGAAAUGAGUGUCCAUGAAGGUAUUAGCUUUGUUAAAAGUAGGGGAAAUGGGAAAAAAUUAGGCUCGCGAACGUGUGUCCUCUCCUCUGCUAGCAUAGGUCAUUAGCACAUGACUAAUCGAGGCUCUAAUGUUGUAUAAUGCUAAAUUGUGGAGUUUGAUACUAAUUUAAACAAAAACAAAACAGUUUCGUCCUUCAGAGCAUUUUAAAUCUCACAAUUUAUCCAAUUGUUUCCCAGACUAGGUAGGCACAAAGGUUGAUAAGUAGUGUCUAAAAAGGUUGACAAGUAGUGUUUAACCAAGCCAUGAUGGCUUUUACUGUACACUCAAGUGAGUAUUGUAAUUUAGUCCUAAAAGAGGUUAAAAAAUAAAUUCUGAAAACGUAUGGUACUGUAUCAGCAUAGACCGAUACCACGCAGCUGGUCAGCGGAAUGGAUAUCGGGAAUAAAAAAAUGGUAGCCUAUCGGUGCAACAUUAGCUACAAUAUUGCCACUCCCAGUUAUAUUUACUGUUGAUCAAAAACAAAGAAAUUUACAGCUUGUACAGGUCGUUCAAAACAACAAAGCUUUAUCUAUAAACAAAACAGGGUAAUUAGUGCUGCAACGUUUAAUCGAUUAACUCGAGUAAUCUGAUUUAAAAAAAGAUUUGAAUUAAAUGUUGCUUCGAGUAUUUGUUUAAUUAAAGUGGCGUUGUAAUGGUUUGUUUUGUAAGUGUUUGCAUUUAGUUUUAUUGAUUUGGGUGAUUACACUGCCCUCUAGUGGCAACAAUAUGACAUAAUUCAUAUGGCUGAAUCCU